CAACUGUUUAUAUUUAUCUAUUUACAUACAUUUAUGCUUUAUGGCGUUGAAUGUCAAUUUCCAGCUGUCUGUGCAAAGAAUUUGACUAGCCGUCUACCAGCUGUGUGUUGUCCAGCACCACCGAAUACAUCUCUUCCUUGUGGUGGUCCAGGAAGAGGCUUAUGCCGAGAAAUCAGUGCUUUUCCUGAAGAUCUAGACUUAGCACAAUUAGAUAGUAAAUUUCUGCAAGAUGAUCGUUUAGCCUGGCCAACUCGAUUCUUUGAAGCAGCUUGUGCUUGUCAGGGUAAUUUUCAAGGUUAUGCAUGUCAUCGUUGUAAAGACGGUUGGACUGGUGUCAACUGUCGUACACGUAAACCUUUACGCGUACGUCGUAAUGUUCUACAAAUGUCUAUCUCAGAACAAAGAAAAUUUCGUGAUCGUAUAGCCUUAGCUAAGCUGACACCAAUGACUGAAUGGUUAGUAAUCAAUAUCAGUGAUAGUUCAAAUGGUGAUCCAGUAGGAUCAGAAAAUUUACAACUGAUACAACCACCGUCUAUUUAUGAUUUUUUUGUGUUUAUCCAUUUAUAUGCAUCAAGAAGUAGUUUGGUUGUCGAGGAGACAAAUGGUCCAUGGUGUAAUCCAAAUGAACACAGGUUAGAUUUUGCGCAUAAAGGACCUGCAUUUAUCACUUGGCAUAGAGCAUAUUUAUUAUUUUGGGAAAAUGAACUUGCUCGUCUAGGUAGAGGUAACAAGAAUGCUUCUACUGGUCAAGGAGAUGAUGAUGGUGAUGACUUUACACUACCUUAUUGGGAUUGGACUUCAGCGAAUGGUUGUCCAAUAUGUACAAAUGAUUUAAUUGGAGCACCUGAUUUGAAUUCGACAACAGGAAGUUUAGAUCCAAAUAGUGUUUUUUCUCAGUGGAUCACAUAUUGUCCUCAACGUUCUGGAAUAAAUGAUUGUCAUGUUUGUGAUCCAGGUAUAUUAUGGUCUAGUAAUCCUAAUCAUCCUAUGGCUGGUGGUCCUUUAUGGAGACUUAGAAGUGAUGCUACAAGCUUUUCUUCAAUGUUCAAUCGUUUACCAAAUCAAAAUGAUGUACUAAGAACACUGGAGACACCAGAUUAUGAUGCAUGGCCAUAUAGAACUGCUGCUGGAAGACGUAGUUUCCGUGAUGUACUAGAAGGAUUCACUGAUCCAAAAAUUACACUAGAUACCUCUGAUAUUGGCGGCGAUAAUCAGAAUGUUGUAAACGUGAUUGCCGAUAAAACAAAUCAAACAAAUGACACAGUUCCAUUGAGUCAAAUAAAUGCAAUUACUAAUCAAGUAUAUAUGCACAAUCUGGUUCAUAGUUAUAUGAAUGGAUCAUGGUUCGAUGUUUCAACAAGUCCAAACGACCCGCUGUUUUUAUUACAUCAUACAUUUGUUGAUAAACUGUUUGAACUAUGGUAUAGAAAGUAUCGACCAAGUCUUGAUCAAUAUCCAAAACGUGGAUGUCCACCAGGUCACAAUGCAUAUUCACCAAUAGUACCAUUUUUCCCGGUCAUUGAAAAUAUUGCCUAUUUUAUCGAUUCGCGAAGUCUUGGCUACGAUUAUGAUGAUUAUAAAGCAGGCAGUAUGAUUAUUGUUCCAGCUGAAUUCACUAACAUGAACUUGGCUUCAAUGAACGCAAGUACUCCAGUAUGGGAUCCAACUGUCAUUGCAACAAUUGUCUUCUCUAUUAUUGUCUUUUUAAUACUGACAUUAUUUAUUGUAUUGAGUAUAGUUUACAAGAAGAAGAAGAACAAGUUUACAUAUUCUUACUACGACUACUAUUCACCAAUUGAUAAUACUGAACAACAACAGCCACAGAUUGCAGUGAAUAAAAGUUGGAGAAGAGCACCGCAUUAUUUCAUAUCGGGUGAAAAUUAUCGAAAUCCACCGCCGCGACCACCACCGCCGUAUACUGGUCAACAUGAAAAAACACGUCUCCUGGAUGAUAUAGCCUAG